AUGCGUACCUCCUUCGUCACCCUCGCGCUCGCCCUCGGCGCCGUGUCUGUCCUCGCGCAGGGCAACAACAACAACCAGCCGAGCUCGUCUGCCGGCGGCAACAACAACAACAAUAACAACCAGCCAUCGCCGACGCCGACCAACAACAACAACAAUAACAACAACCAGCAGAGCUCUGCUGGCGGCAACUCCAACUCCAACUCGCAGAGCGCGUCAGCAACAGGGAGCAACGCGCCCCAGGCCUCGGGCAACAACUCGACCCCGGCCAACGGCAACAACGGCAACCACACGGACGGGCCCCAGUCGACCAUCAGCGAGACCCAGCCGUACACCUACCCCAUCACGUUCACGAACACGCAGUACACGCCCGCGCCGUCGGGCAUCCCGCACGCGACGGACGCAGCACGCGCGCUGGGCGCGCCGGCGCUGGCCGCGGCUAUCGUUGCCGCUGUCGCCGCGGCGCUGUAG